AUGGUCUCCUGGAAGAUUGUGCCCUGCACGCUCGCCGAUGCCCCGGCUUUGGCACGAAACAACAUGAACGCCUUCUGGGCGACAGAUAAAAACUGGAAACUCGGCUGGACGAUUCAAAACAUCGAACUCGAUUUUCUCGUUGGCGAAGUUAUCAAGCGCAUGCCGAACAACCUCCUGAAGAAUCGCGAGACGCUGCGUCAUUUCAAGGCACUUGAUCCCGAGACGGGUGCUCUCAUGGGCUACGCACGCUGGGAGUUGCCAGCCAAAUACGCGGAUGCACCGGAAUGGGCAGAUGCGCAGAUUCCCGAUGUAAGCGAGGAGAAGAGGAAGGCCAUCAAGGAACGAAGCGACGGCGCAUGGUGGAAGCCGUACAGCAUGGACGGCAUCAAUGACUGCGGUCCCGAGAAGCACCGCAUCUUGGCUGAGGACAGGUACAUCAGUCUUGACUAUCUGGCUGUUCAUCCCGAUAACACGGGCAAGGGCGUUGCUACUGCUCUGGUUCAGCAUGGUGUACGACUUGCCGAGGAAAUGGGAGCUGACGUCUUCAUCUUAUCAUUCGAGGCUGCUGUGAAUAUCUACAAAAAGCAGGGGCUGAAAGAAGUUCACAAAGCUUAUCAGGACGAUACCAAAUACGGGGGCUGUGGAUACUGGGUCUAUCUUCUCACACGGGAGGCGAAGAAGCAGGAGAGCAGUGGACAUGAAAAUCCUACGCAGACUACGGGUGUGUAG